AUGCGAGGGUUUUCUAGACGACAUAAUAGCGAGUGUACUAUGGCUACUCACGAGGUACUCUGCUCUGUAUUAGCUCGUGCCUCUAAAGUACAACAUCCUGUAAUUACAGCUACACAUUUUAAAGUUGCUGAAGGUAAAUUUGCGUCUGUCCGUAAGCUGCGCCACCUGGUGACAGGGUCCGAGUACGCGGCCAAGUUCAUUCGGAAACGUCGUCGCGCCGCGGACACCUCGCGAGAGAUACAGCAUGAGGUAGCGGUGCUGGCGAUGUGUGCUGACUGUACCAGAGUAGUUAGACUACACGAGGUAUACGAGACUCGGUCAGAAGUGGCUAUAGUGUUAGAAUUAUGUGUCGGGGGCGAGCUACAGAGGCUGCUGGAUGAAGAGGAACGUCUCACAGAGGGAGCGGCGAAGAGGGCCCUUAGACACGUACUGGAGGGACUGGCUCAUCUACACGCUCGCAGCAUCGCACAUCUAGAUCUCAAGCCGCAGAACCUAUUACUGUCAGCCACCGGGGAAGACCUCGUUAUAUGCGACUUCGGCAUCAGCCGAGCCAUCCAGCCCGGCGCUCACGUUCGAGAGAUAUUGGGCACAAGGGAUUAUGUUGCGCCAGAGAUCCUCUCGUACGAGCCGCUGUCCUUGGCGGCGGACAUCUGGUCGGUGGGCGUGUUGGCCUACGUGCUGCUCAGCGGGUACUCGCCGUUCGCUGGAGACACCAAGCAGGAGACGUACCUGAACAUCGCUCAGUGCCAGCUGUCCUUCCCGAGGGAACUGUUCCACGGGGUCUCUCAGGGUGCCAUACAGUUCAUAAGAGAAACACUCGUGGUUGAUCCGAAGGGUCGUCUUACAGUGGAUGAGUGCCUGGAGCACCCCUGGUUGAAAGACGAGGCGGAUAUCCCCCGGGCCAUCGUCGGUGUGGGGCUCGACAUACAGGACCUCACAGAAGAUGACGCGAGCCCGACACAGACGGACACACGCAACGGAAUAAACGGACUCAAUAGACACACGACCGUUAACGGAGUCAACGGAGUCAAUGGAGUCAACGGAGUUAAUGGAGUCAACGGAGUCAGUUCAGUCAAAAGUGUCAACGGAGCCUGUACAGUCAACGGAAAAGAAUCAGCCGCAGAAAACGGUAUUAAUGGACACGGGCCCGUUAACGGAGUCAGCCCGCGAGGUGCCUCGGACACUGAGGUCAGUCACGUCAACAGACCUCACACGAACGGAGUUAAUGGACACAACAAUGGCGCUGAUUGUAACGGAAGCAACGGGACACAUGAAGCGAGAGAAUGUGAGCCGAUCCUGACCGGUCGUGAGGACGAGCGAGACAAACCUCACAAACACUCUCACCCUCCACCCUUCCCUGACGCACCCUCCACACCCAAGGUGUCUCGCAAGUGUCCUCCUCACCCUCCCUCGGUGCUGGCGCUGUGCAAGAAGUUCCAGCCGGACUACGAGAAGCCGGCCAAGUUGCAGCACGCGCCGGCGGCCGCGGAGUGCGCGUGCGCAUGCCCCGCCCCCGGCCUCAGACUCCGCCCCCCGCGCUCCGCCCCCGACCGCGCCGUGCUGUGCUAG